AUGACCACUUACGUGAAGCUCGUCAAGGGCGCAACAAAGAUCAAAAUGGCGCCACCAAAGGCCAAGUACGUUGAUCCGAUUUUACUCGGCUCGGGCCAGCUCGAUGAGUUUCGGGAGAUCAUCCGGGCGUUGCAACAACGCGCCCAGGACACGGCGUGGACCGUCGUUUACAAGACGUUUAUUGUGGUCCACCUACUGAUCCGUGAGGGCGAGAAGGACGUGACGAUCGAUUAUCUCUCCAGACAUCCUGAUUUUUUCCGCCUCAAAGACGUUUUCAACUCCAAGCUUUCUUCGGGCGAUUUGCAGGCGCUACGCCGCUACAAGGAGUACCUGCAGUGCCGGUGCGAAGAAUAUGACCGUACGGGUCGAGACUUUGUGCGCGAGAGCAAUACCAGUCUCAAAACGUCGGGAAAGGCCGCGAAGGAAGGACUCGACUUAGUCGAGUCUCUGGAAGUGCAAAUCUCCGCACUCAUCAAAAACCGGUACUCCCAGUAUGAUCUUAGCAAUGAUCUGCUCAUGUGUGCUUUCCGGCUACUGGUUCAAGAUCUUCUCGUUCUCUACAAUUCCUUGAACGAGGGCAUUAUCACGCUACUUGAGAGUUUUUUCGAGCUCACGCAUGCAAAUGCAGAGCGUACUUUAGAGCUUUACAAGCGGUUCGUUGAACUUACGGAGAGCGUGGUAAAGUACCUCAAGACCGGGAAAGCAAUGGGGCUCAAAAUUCCAGUUAUCAAACACAUCACCACCAAAUUGAUCCGAUCUUUAGAAGAACACUUGCGCGACGAUGUCAAGAAGGGCCAGACUUUUUCCAGUGAUGAUGCGGACGGUAAGACUUUUGCCCAGAAGCAACUCGAGCAAGUGCGAGAGCAGAAAAGGCGUUUGGAAGAACAAUUGCAGUCGCAGCAGAUGGUGCUGUCGCCAACGGUACCGCAGCAAUCGACGGGCUACAAUCCCUUUGGCGAAAGUUUUUCCUUCGAACAGCCAUUGGUAUCUCAGCCAACUAGUAACCCUUUUGUAUCACAGGUGCAGACGCCGCAGAACGUCCAACAACAGCAACAACAGCAACAGCAGCAGCACCCGACAAUUUUUCCACAAUACACGUCGCAACAACCACAGCAACAAACUGCUUCUGUACAACAGUUCACACCGCAACAACCACAGCAACAGAGUUUUGUCCAAAACCCUGAAAUCUCGAAUGCCUUUCCAGCCCAACAAAUGCAGCAAAACAUGCUGACAGGUGCCCAAACGGGGCUUCAAUUCCAUCAGCAGCAGGCUCAACAGCAGCCCCAGCAACAGGCUCAACUGCCACCUCAAAAUUUCGCGCUCCAGGCUGCACACACGGCUCCAAAUCCGCAGCAUGCACAGUACACACCGGUGCAAUCAUUGGAUCCUUCUUUUGCGCCAAACCAGGCUCAAAUGGGAGGCCAGCUGCAGGCGCAUCAGACCGGGUUCUAUAGCUCGCACACUGAGAUUACGCCGUCCUUUACCGGUGCUGGCUUUGGUGGUUACUCGCCCGACAAGUCCGCACAAGUUCAGGUUCCGGCAAUGACGGGAUCCAAAAACCCGUUCUCACUGGAAAACAUAGCGAAAGAUAGAGAUGACCGGGAACGUGUCAAUCCUUUUUCCCAGUCGAACUACAUGGGUACGCAACCCGGCGCACAGGUUUCAAUGCCCACGGGACCUCAGCGUCAAGCUCACACAUUUGGAGGGCUUGAAAACCUGCCUACGGUUGCUGUGUUCCCGCAGCAAACGGGGCAACCUAUGCCCCAUUAUACAGGACAGCAAACGGGACAAACAGGGCAAACUACGGGUCAAUUCACAGGGCAACAGACGGGUCAGCCGUUCCAACAAGCACAGACACCUUUCAACCCUUUUGCUCAGCCAAUGCAAUCGCCUCAGAACUUGCAGGGUCAGAAUUUCCAGAACCAAAAUUUCCAGCAACAAAACCCACAACAGCCCCCGCAGCAGCAAUUCCCUCAACAAAAUCAUUAUCCGAUGUACAACGAGGCGCCUAACCUCAUCGACAUUUGA